AUGUAUUGCCCACCACUCGACUCUACAUUAGUAGCAGAAAUUGUAGCAGAAAAUGUUAAUGAUGAAUCUGAUAUCAACACUUGUAUAGAUAUUCUUAAUUCUUUGGCUGAAGGAGCAACCUUAGUUUUAGAUUCUGAACAAAGGGGUUACGGCGAAUCAGAAUUAUUUUCAGAAAAUAGUAAUGAUAAGAGUGCAAGCGAGUCAAGUUCCGGUGAAAAUGAGGAUGAGUCGGCUACGAGUCUUGAACCUCAAAUGGACUCACUUAGUCUCGGAGAAGAAGGCGGUGUAGGAGGGGGGAUAGGCGACGAUUCCAAUAAUAAUAAUUAUUACUAUUAUUAUCGUGAUGACGAUCUUGUCAUUCUUGAUGAUAAUGAGUUCGAUAAUGAGUUCGAACCAUUUAUUCUUUCCAAGGAUGAUUACAAAUCAAUUGAUUCACCAACUGGAUUCUUGAAAGAAUGUUUUCCAUUAAUUUCCACCACAAGAAUCGAGCAAUUAUUUCAAGAAAAUGAUAAUGAUGCUGAAACAUAG